AUGUUUGAACAGCUCUCGACGUUCCCGGGGUACGACCAGGUGCUUACCGGGGCCAAAAAACUCUUUGGGCGUAUAAUACAGACGGGACCGGUUCCCAAACACGUGGCAAUUAUAAUGGAUGGAAAUCGAAGGUAUGCCAGAAGCCACAAGAUGGAGAUAAGAGAGGGUCAUAAUAUUGGAUUUGAGACCAUGGCCAGUGUGCUCGAGCUUUUGUUUGAAGCUGGGGUGGAAUGUGCGACAGUAUAUGCAUUUUCGAUCGAGAAUUUCAAGCGACUGGCUUACGAAGUGGAAGCCCUUAUGGAUAUGGCGAGACUGAGACUUUGCCAAAUACGGCAGCACGGUGAGCUUUGUGAAAAAUACGGAGUCCGGCUCCGGGUUGUGGGCAACCGCAAACUACUUCCGGUGGAUGUACAGCAAAUUGUUCAGGAAACCGAAGAUAUGACCAAAAAUAAUACGCGAGCGGUUCUCUACAUGUGCUUCCCAUAUACCGCCAGAGACGACAUGACGCAGCUGAUUCGAAACGUGGUGGCCGAGUCACUUAUCAACCCGGAGUUUGAGAUCUCAGAAUCGGCGUUUAAUCACUUUUUAUACACCCCUCCAUUGGACCUUUUGAUUCGUACCUCGGGCACCUACCGACUCUCGGACUUCUUAUUAUGGCAGUCGGUUCUGCCUAAAUGCUCGGUGGUGUUCAGCGACCGGCUCUGGCCGGAGUUCAGUCCGCUUCACAUGGCCAAAAUCUUGCUCAAUUGGAGUUUUAACACCUAUUGGUACGGCCAUGGAAACGGGUUUGUAGUACUGGCACCCGGUGACAGCGCUCGCGCACAAAAAUCUCCGGUACCGGUGCCAGAUUCUGCCGAGGACGAUUAUAGUGACUCCAGCAGCGAUGCAGCCGUCGAUGCCGCCGUAGAGGAGGAAGACACUUUCACUUCAGACGAAGACCCUAUAAGUAAAUAG